GUUCCAGACGUGUACAAUUUUUAGAAACAUUUCGAUUACUGGUACACAGUUUGAUGGAAUUAAUUCUAUCUUUAAAUAUUACACAACAUGAUUCAUAUGGGGUUUUCUCGAAAUUCUUGUCGGAAAAGUUCGCGAAUUCAUAUUAUAAAAAUGUGCGUAUUUCAAGUACAGAUUAGAAACUACUUGCCAGGCAAAAUAACAUAUCGAUGAUUUUAAAAUUGAUAAUAAUAGAUAAAAUCAACUCCCGACAGUACUUCAGUAAUUUGAUUGUUACUGUAAUUGUAUUCGCGGUAACGAUCUUCUACAUUUAUAAUUGUAAAACGCGAAUUUUGCUUAACGUUCACAUUAUAUUGUUAAUUUUGAUCAUUCGAUGCUGACUUGCGAAAAAUUAGGCUUGCUACUUCUUGUUUAUCUUGGAGACCACAUGCAUGCACGUUUUUCAAUGCCUGUAGAAAAUCGCUAAGUGAUACCUCGCCUUUUUAUUUGUAUAAUUUUUUUUAAAAAUUCAAUCCUUAUAUUAUUAGGCAACCACACAUCUAGCUAAAAACACAUUAUAUUUUAAUCCCCGCGUGGAUUAAUUAAUUUACUUAACCAUUUAUCGACAUAUCUGUCUCAGGACGAAGUGAAUAAGUGCAAAGGUGUUAGUUACUUAAAAUCGUUUAUAAAAGUGAUUGACUCCAUUCUAAGGAGUGUGAUCACCAUUAACACUCAAUAUAGCAACCGCGGUGGAAUUCACUCGGUGGUAUAUUGUUUAUUAAUUUUAAAAGGAAAGCCCCAAUCAAUUCCAAUAACAUCGAUGCUGAGGCAUGCGCACUGGGGAGAUACCCGGCUGAGUGGAAUUGAAUUAUGAAUCUUCGCUUUCGAAUGCUAAGAGGCAGAGUAAACACAGACGAUUGUGUGACUGCUUGUUUAAUCCAUAUUGCGAUUUAAAACCUAUAAUCUGUUUUAGCUCGAGAUUACAGCUAUGUGCUUGCGUAUUGUAACAAAAUAUUAAAUGCUGAUUUGAUAUCAUGAUGUAAGUUUGGGAGAUAUACAUCCACACAAAUGCAUGGUUUAGUUUUUCUCACUCUUUGUUGGAUUUUAUCACCAAAAGCAGAUGGUUCGUGUACAUUGCCGCCUUUGUGGACCGGUGAUUGGUAUGACAGUUUCUAUGGUCAGCUGACAUUUUCUGGGACGUCAAAAUUGGCAGGAUGGCAAGUGACGUCAUUUGCUUCUGUAAUAACCUCAUGGACUUGUGUUUCAGAGGAUACGACAAACAACUACUUACUCUUUCUGGGAGAUCAAACAAUUGACUUUUUUGGAAAUCUCCAAAACGUUUUCCGGUGUGUUAAAUGGAUAAAGAUAACGGACAAUUCAUUCUAUUACUACGCACGAUCAGAUAUUGAAAUAGACGCAAACAAUGCCCGGGUAGAAGUGGAACCUCGUGUCCCAGCUGUGACGUCAUGGAGCACGGCAUCUUACUGCAACCCAACAUCAGCACCGGGACCCGAGGAGUAUCACGUGUUAAUCAAGAAAGGUUCAGAAUCUCUAGCGAAGCAAUGGUGUCCUGUCCCGUUGCUGGGGACAUUUAAUUACGUACACAAUGACGGGACUACUGAGAGCUGUACCACAGAUUCACAGAUGACGGCCUGUCCUAGCUGGACCACCAUACAGUUUGACUAUACCAAGUGCUCCAAAACGCAAGCUUUUUCUCAGGAAGGAAGUGUGUAUUGUGUGAACACAAUUACAGAAGGGGACAAUUACUACACGGCCCUGUACAACCCUGGGGUGGUGAAUACAGUUUAUCACAGGUUUACUUGUUAUGUGAUAUCUGAAACAAGCUCUGGUUUCUAUGUGAGCGACAGUCCUGGUAUUUGUGAAGCAGGACAGACUUCUACCGUCAACGCAACGGAUGGGAGCGGUGUAUUAACACUCAACAGAACACGUAAAUAA